AUGGCUGGGAAAACAAAAGUAUCAAUAGCACAAUUGGUACCUGGAAGAGCCUAUUUGGUGUUGACAAUUGAAAGUUGCACUGAACCGAAAGCACAGAUUCAGAAGACGUUGAUCUUGGAAUUUGAUCGAAAUGAGUUACCCUUCAUACAAUCUGGUAGCUUGCCAAUUUCAAUGUGGAUCAGAUCUUUAGAUCGACUGGAUUCAAACAGAUCUAAAAAUGGAAAAAUCAAAAAGCAAAACAAGGAAUAUUCACCAGUUGCACACGUGGACUCUCAGCAAACCGCAGAAAAAGGUUUCAAAUAA